AUGGCUCCUCUUCCUAUUCAGUUUACGGAGCUUUUACAGCCUGCAUCUAUCGGCUUUAAUUCAUGUACUUUAGAAUCCGAUAAUUUCGUCUGCAUACGACAAAAGAUCAGUGACGAUGAUAAGACGCAAGUCAUCAUAGUCAACCUUAAGAAUAACAAUGAGGUCAUCCGGCGCCCGAUCAAUGCCGACAGUGCCAUCAUGCACUGGAACAAAAACAUCAUCGCCCUCAAAGCCCAGGGCAAGACCAUCCAGGUCUUCGACCUCCAAGCAAAACAGAAACUCAAGUCGGCAGUGAUGACCGAAGAUGUCGUCUUCUGGAAGUGGUAUAGUGAUACAAGCAUUGGUUUGGUCACUGAGUCCUCGGUUUACCACUGGAACGUCUUUGAUGCCACCCAGCAUGCUCCUCUUAAGAUGUUCGACCGGAUUACAAAUCUGGCGAACUGCCAAAUUAUUAGCUAUCGAGUUAAUGAGGAGGAAAAGUGGAUGGUGGUUGUUGGUAUCAGUCAACAACAAGGACGAAUAGUAGGAACAAUGCAACUGCACUCGGUCGAGCGAGGCAUAUCUCAACAUAUUGAAGGCCACGCUGCAGCCUUUGCUACCAUCAAGGUCGAUGGAUCGCCUAUGCCACAUAAACUCUUCACCUUCGCUGUGAGAACCGCAACUGGUGCCAAGCUCCAGAUUGCGGAAAUCGAUCACCAAGAACCCAACCCCAAGUUCCAGAAGAAGGCUGUCGAGGUAUACUUCCCACAAGAAGCCACCAACGAUUUCCCAGUCGCCAUGCAGAUAUCCGAAAAGUACGACGUUGUCUACUUGGUCACGAAGUUCGGUUUCAUUCAUCUCUACGACCUAGAGACCGGUACAUGCAUCUUCAUGAACCGAAUUUCUAGCGAAACCAUCUUUGUAACUACACCAAAUUCGGACUCUACUGGUAUUGUCGGCGUCAACCGUAAGGGCCAGGUGCUCUCGGUCAGCGUGGACGAAAGCACCAUUAUUCCAUACCUCCUUGAGAACCCAGCAAACACAUCACUAGCUGUCAAACUUGCAUCCAAGGCCGGCCUUCCAGGUGCAGAUAAUCUCCUUCAAAGACAGUUUGAACAGCUACUUUCUCAGGGAAACUAUGCAGAAGCUGCCAAAAUCGCUGCCAAUUCGCCACGCGGGUUCCUGCGAACUGCAGACACUAUCAACCGCCUAAAGGCCGUUCCACAGACAGGCCAGGGCAUGUCUGUCAUCCUACAAUACUUUGGAAUGCUGCUUGACAAGGGAUCUUUGAAUGUAUACGAGAGUAUCGAGUUGAGCAGACCUGUCUUGCAACAAAACCGUAAACGUCUCCUGGAGAAGUGGCUCGGUGAAGACAAACUGGAGUGCUCUGAAGAGCUAGGCGAUAUCGUACGACCGCAUGACAUGAACAUUGCAUUGGACAUAUAUCUCAAAGCCCAAAUUCCCCAUAAGGUCGUUGCCGGCUUUGCAGAGACUGGCCAAUUCGACAAGAUCCUGGCUUACUCCAAGCAAGUUGGGUACCAGCCUGACUACGUUCAGCUGCUGCAACACAUUGUCCGAGUUAACCCAGAGAAGUGUGUCGAGUUUGCUGGGCAACUUGCCAGCGAUGACAGCGGCGCCCUCAUUGACCUUGACCGUGUUGUUGACGUGUUUGUCUCCCAAAACAUGAUCCAACAAGCUACUGCAUUCUUGUUGGAUGCCCUCAAGGAUAACAUGCCAGAACAUGCCAAACUUCAGACCAGGCUCUUGGAGAUGAAUCUUGUCAAUGCUCCCCAAGUUGCGGACGCCAUCCUAGGUAACGAGAUGUUUACUUAUUAUGAUAGGGCUAGAAUCUCGCAGCUCUGCGAGAACGCUGGACUUUACCAACGUGCCCUCGAAAACACCGAUGACUCUGCUGUGAUCAUGCGCAACAUUGUUCGUACCGACAAACUGAACCCCGAAUGGUUGAUGGAAUUCUUCGGUCGCCUUUCCGUGGAGCAGUCCUUGGAAUGUAUGAACCAGAUGCUUCAUUCGAACCUCCGCCAGAACUUGCAAGCCGUUAUUCAAAUCGCUACCAAAUUCUCUGAUCUAUUGGGCCCCAUUAAUAUCAUCCAGCUGCUGGAGAAAUACGGCACUGCUGAGGGUCUCUACCACUACCUUGGAAGUAUCGUGAACCUUAGUGAAGAUGCUGAUGUCCACUUCAAAUAUAUUGAGGCUGCUACUCGUAUGGGCCAAAUGACGGAAGUAGAGCGUAUUUGUCGUGACAGCAACCACUACAACCCAGAGAAGGUUAAGAACUUCCUCAAAGAGGCCAAGCUGACUGAACAGUUGCCUUUGAUCACUGUCUGUGAUCGAUUCAACUUUGUCCACGACCUUGUCCUGUACCUUUACCAGAAUCAACAGUAUUCAUCCAUUGAGGUUUACGUUCAGAGAGUCAACCCAUCCAGAACCCCCGCAGUUGUCGGUGGCCUACUUGACGUUGACUGUGAUGAGUCCAUUAUCAAAAACCUACUCAUCACUGUUGAUCCGGCCUCCAUCCCCAUUGAUGAGCUUGUUGCUGAAGUCGAGAAGAGGAACCGAUUGAAGAUUCUACUUCCAUUCCUUGAGAAUACCCUCAGCACCGGUAACCAGCAGCAGGCAGUCUACAAUGCCUUGGCCAAGAUCUACAUUGAUAGCAACAACAACCCUGAGAAGUUCCUCAAGGAGAACGACCUGUACGACACUCUUACUGUUGGGAAAUACUGUGAGAAGCGAGACCCUAAUCUUGCUUACAUUGCCUACCGCAAAGGCCAGAACGACCUGGAACUCAUCAAUAUCACCAACGAUAAUUCGAUGUAUCGUGCUCAAGCCAGAUAUCUGCUUGAACGAGCUGAUGGCGAAAUUUGGGCCUUCGUUUUAAAUGGAAACAACAUCCACAGGCGGUCUCUCGUCGACCAGGUCAUUGCCACUGCUGUUCCAGAGUCGUCCGAGCCAGACAAGGUCUCUGUAGCAGUCAAGGCAUUCCUCGAAGCCGAUCUCCCAACUGAACUUAUUGAACUGCUGGAGAAGAUCAUCCUGGAACCAUCUCCAUUCAGCGAUAACAGCAGUUUGCAGAACUUGCUGAUGCUUACCGCAGCCAAGGCUGACAAGAGCAAGUUAAUGGACUACAUCCAUAAACUUACUGAGUUCAACGCUGAUGAGAUUGCUGGUAUGUGUUUGACUGUUGGCCUGUAUGAGGAGGCUUUCGAGAUCUACAAGAAAGUUGAGAACCACCCUGCCGCUACCAACGUUCUUGUCGAGCAUAUUGUCAGCAUCGACCGUGCCCAGGACUAUGCCGAACGUGUUGAGCUUCCUGAAGUAUGGAGCAAGGUUGCUAAGGCCCAGUUGGAUGGUCUUCGCAUUUCCGACUCUAUUGCUUCUUAUAUCCGUGCUGGAGAUCCUUCCAACUACAAUGAAGUUAUCGAGACCGCCACUCACGCUGGCAAGGAUGAAGAUCUUGUUGAAUAUCUCAAGAUGGCCCGCAAGACCCUUCGGGAGCCCGCCGUUGAUACUGCCAUGGCCUUCAGCUUCGCCAGACUUGACAAGCUAUCUGAGCUCGAGGACUUCCUCCGUGGAAUCAAUGUUGCUGAUGUUGAGGCCUCUGGUGACAAGGCAUAUGCUGAGGGUUACCACCAAGCCGCCAAGAUUUUCUUCACUAGCAUUUCCAACUGGGCGAAGCUUGCCACUACACUUGUUCACCUUGAGGACUACCAGGCUGCUGUCGAGUGUGCUCGCAAGGGCAACAACGUCAAAGUUUGGAAAGAGGUCAAUGCAGCCUGUGUUGCUAAGAAGGAAUUCCGCCUUGCUCAGAUUUGCGGUUUGAACCUAAUCGUGCAUGCAGAAGAGCUACAAGACUUAGUCCGCCAGUAUGAGCGUAAUGGAUAUUUUGACGAACUCAUUGCUUUACUGGAGGCUGGUCUUGGCCUCGAGAGAGCCCACAUGGGCAUGUUCACCGAGCUGGGAAUUGCUCUAUCGAAAUACCACCCUGACCGCGUGAUGGAGCAUCUCAAGCUGUUCUGGACGCGAAUCAAUAUCCCCAAGAUGAUUCGUGCUUGUGAGGACGCUAACCUCUGGCCCGAGCUAGUCUUCCUCUACUGCCAUUAUGACGAAUGGGAUAAUGCCGCAUUAGCCAUGAUGGAGCGUGCUGCUGAUUCGUGGGAGCACCACUCUUUCAAGGAUAUCGUUGUUAAAGUUGCCAACUUGGAGAUUUAUUACCGCGCUUUGAACUUCUAUCUGCAAGAGCAGCCACUGCUGUUGACUGACCUGCUCCAAGUGCUCACUCCCCGUAUCGACGUCAACCGUGUUGUUCGCAUGUUUGAGAAAUCCGACAACAUUCCUCUCAUAAAGCCAUUCCUGCUUAACGUGCAACCACAGAACAAGCGUGCGGUCAACAACGCCAUAAACGACCUCUUGAUUGAAGAGGAAGACCAUAAGACUCUGCGCGACUCUGUUGAGAACCAUGACAACUACGAUCCUGUCGAGCUGGCACAGAGGCUAGAGAAACACGAGCUUGUGUUCUUCAGACAGAUUGCUGCCAACAUCUACCGCAAGAACAAGAGAUGGGAAAAGUCUAUUGCGCUAUCGAAACAGGACAAGCUGUUCAAGGACGCUAUUGAGACCGCAGCGAUCUCCGGCAAGUUAGAGGUUGUCGAAGAGCUGUUGCGCUACUUCGUCGAUAUUGGCAGCCGCGAGUGCUAUGUCGGCAUGCUAUACGCCUGCUACGAGCUCAUCCGCCCUGACGUGGUGUUGGAGAUGUCCUGGCGUUACGGCCUACACGACUUCACGAUGCCGUACAUGAUCAACAUGCUUAGCCAGCAAGUGCAGACCAUCGAGAUGCUGAAAAAGGACAACGAGGAGCGCAAGGCCAAGGAAGCCUCCCAGCAGAAGGAAGAAGACAACACACCUAUCCUGGGUGGCUCGAGACUGAUGUUGACGCAAGGCCCUGGUGGUUCCAUGGGAGGAGCAGCGCCGUCAAUGUUUGGAGGACAGGCCAACGGCAUAACCCCUCAGGCAACCGGCUUCCGACCAUUCUGA